GCCAUUUCAACAAGCAAUACUCCACUUUCUCCGCGGCACGACAUCGAAGAGAGCAAUGUCGCCAUCACCACAGCGAAACCGGAACAGACAACGCUCUUGAUAUCUGCUGUCUAAACAUAAGAGACUCAACUUCACCAGAGCCAACGAGCUAACUUGGCAUCGACUAGUCGGAAAUCAGCAGCAUCUUCGGAUAGUAUAGGCUUCUUGGGCUUUAACUGUCACAGGAGACACCUAGCACACCUUGUGUAUCACUAUGGCCACCGCUACUUUGACCCGGCCAGUACAGCCGGACAUCCAGUAUGCCCCGAACUACCAAAAAUUCCAGGCUCGGACUGCGCGCCGAGUUCAGGAGCCUGGUCUUCCCACAAGCCUGCCUAAGAGCCUUCCGCAGAAAUUCACGAGCGAUAUGGUCUGGGAGGGAGCAACACUAGCCAACGAGUACAAUUGGACGUAUGCCCUUACAACGGAACAGCUUGACGAACUUGACGCAGCGCUCGCUCACUUUAGAGCGCUGAAUCUGCCCCUCGGCCACAUCAACCAGGAAAGCUUUCCCCUACCCAAACUUCAUCCUGAGCUUCGAAAGCUCUCAUACGAGUUGCACAAUGGGCACGGAUUCUUCGUCAUCCGUGGUCUCCGUGUGGAUGAACACACAAGAGAAGACAACAUCAUCAUUUACGCAGGCUUGUCCUCGCACAUCGCACCUCAACGCGGUCGCCAGGACAGGCAAUAUGAUGGGAAACCAGCUGAUGUAGUUCUUACUCAUAUCAAAGAUUUGACUUUGACGAAGGACAAGGGCCAAAUUGGCAGUCCUGCUUACACCGCGGAUAAGCAAGUAUUCCAUACGGAUGCUGGAGACAUUGUCUCCCUAUUUGCUCUCUCCACUGCUGUGGAGGGCGGCACGAGCAAAUUGGCAAGCAUUGCGAGGGUUUACAAUGAGAUUGCUAGUACGCGUCCUGAUCUCAUCCAUACUCUCACGCAAGACUGGCAAUUCGAGGUUUUUGGCAAGCCCGAGAAGUCCUUCACUUCCCGACCUUUGGUGCACUACCAACCUGCUACUUCAACGACGCCUGAGCGUUUAGCUGUGCAAUACGCUCGUCGCUACUUUGUCGGUUACGGUGCGCUCCCACGAAGUGAAGAGAUUCCACCGAUUUCCGAGGCACAAGCGGAAGCACUCGAUACUCUUCAUUAUCUCGGUGAAAAGUUUGCCGUCAACCUGGAUUUCCAGAAAGGUGACAUUCAGUAUGCCAACAACAUGGGUAUCUUCCAUGCUCGGGAUGGGUUCACCGAUACUCAAGAGCAGCAACGCCAUCUGCUACGACAGUGGUUGCGCGACCCAGAGUAUGGCUGGGAGACGCCAGAGCCAUUGAAAGAAAGAUGGGCUCAAUUGUACGAAGGCGUUACUCCAGAUGCUCAGAUAUUCCCUCUUGAUCCAUUCAUCCGUAGCGAAGGAAACAAGAGUAAAGGAAGGUCAUGAGUUGGUCAUCUGUAACUCGGUCUAGCAUGUCAUAGAUGUAUGACGUUUUGGCUUCUGGGGGUCAUGUCUGGGCAAUGUGCUCAUGAAAUUCGUUCUUACAAACCGGCCUAGCCAAUGAACAGUCUAUCUCUAUAGGUGCGUCCUAAGCCAUGAGGCUGGGAUGACCAUGGCCAGUCGAGUACUCGUUUGGGUUUGGGCUCAGGGAGUGCCGAGGGGCUGAUACACGUACCGACUUUCUGCAGUUAAGUUGACAGGAAGAGCAAGGUAGACGGGAUGGAGCUGCCGUUGAUAAUUAGUACAAACAUCGAUAUAACCAUUGAAAGAGAUUGGGUUAGUACCUAGGGAAUUCAAGCGGACCUUGGCUCAACCAAAAUGCCUUUUUCGAGAAGGGUUGGAUACCUGAUUUGAACAAUCAUAUAUGAGUCACCAACAUGCC